AUGACCAACCCGGUUUGCGAGGCAACAGCCGCAGCUCAGAGAGCCAUACAACAGUCACCCGAAGCGCGUGGGUCGAAGCGUGGUCGACCCUCAUCCGUUCCACCGUUGUCUUUGAGUGGUAGUGAUGUUGGUGAUGGUCCACGCAUGCCUAGUCCUGGACAUGCAGGCCCGUCCACUGGUAUAGGAUCUAUGGACAAUCAAGAUGAACCUGUCAGGGAUGAUGGGGGAAGCAUGGUCCCACCUGGGUUUGAUGCCAAUGAUGCUAGUGAUAGUAGCAGUCAAAGUAGUGAAAAUGCUAGCUUACCUUGUGAUGACGAUACCUUUGGGAGUGCGGCAGGUGCAGGAAUACAGGACGUUGAAGCCGACAGGUCGACUCAAGCCCCGCCGAGGAACACUCUGGAUGCUUGGGCGCAUUGGGUGCUUACCAGCCGCUUGUCCAAUAGCCAGAUCAACGCCCUUUUUGAUCUUAUGCAUGACGAGGAGCUAGACAUAAGAGACGUGCUCCGAUGGAAAAAUGUGAAGGAUGUGCACGCCUAUGCGGAGUCCAAACGACCAGACUCCCACAGACGGUGGCAGCGGCGGUUGGUUCGGUCCCAAGACAAAGCGUGGCUGGAGUAUUGGGCGUGUGAUGGAUUAAUAGCUCUCCAAGAUCUGCUUGCCCACCCCCUCUUAGCCGCUCGCAUGUGCAUGGUUAGUAAGCCACUAUAUGAUGGCGAGAAGCGUGUGUACACAACGCCAGAGACGGGCAAGUGGUGGGAAGAAUUGCAGGCGGAGGUUCGUAAGGUGGAUCCGUUGGGCGUGGUGGCUGCUUUGAUUCUCGCCAGCGAUGAGACGCACAUGGACCAUCGUGGGAAAGCAAAGGGCCACCCACUGUACCUAACCCUUGCAAACAUCGAUAAGGACGACCGAUGGAAGCCGUAUGGACACGUCCUCCUAGCACUGCUGCCCGAGUUCCCGCCUGAGUACUCGUCUCUUGAUAGAACACAUGUGUUCCACUACGUCAUGAACGAGGUGAUUGCCGGCCUCAAGAGAGCUUCGCACACCGGGAUCAAGAUGAAAAACUCCAAGGGCGAGACAAUCAAUGUGUGGCCGUCCGUCUACGCUCAUGUCACGGACUAUCCCGAUCCCAAGUCGCCAUUCAUCAUUCUCUCACCCCUUCUCUCAAUCACUGACCCCUCCUCUCAUUCUCUCACCCCUCCUCUCAUUCUCUGA